GCGUCAUUGGCAAACCUAGAUGGCGCGCGGCGUUAAGAAAGCGUGAAUGACGACGAUGUGCUCCUGACGGGCCAGCAGGCAGCGUUCGAUUCGCAUCAAAUCACUGGCAUCAUGUCAGUCCAAGACGAUCUGAAAGCCUCGGCAGAGGGCUUGCGCAGGGUCACGACCUCCAAGGCACAGCCGACCAAGCGACUGCUGUUCGUGCCCGUCAAAGUGCCGAGUCAGUGGCCUACGCUCGCGAGUGAGGAGCAGACUGCGCUUGAGCAGAUAACCAAGCACUACAAGGAAGAGCUGCGGUUGCCCGAGUCUGACGGGUAUGCAAAGACUGAGACGAGAUGGGUUCUCGAUGACCCCCAAUGUCUGGUUCGCUUCCUUCGAGCGACCGACUGGAACCUCGAAAAGUCCAAAGACCGGCUCAAGGAGACGCUCGAAUGGCGACGAGAGUACAAGCCAGAUCUGAUCAAGCCAAGUGAGAUUGAGCCUGAAGUGCAAGGUGGCAAGAUUACUAUCAACGGCUUCGAUGCCGAGGGACGGCCCAUCCUGUACCUGCGCCCGGCAAAAGAGAACACAAAGCCGAGCGAGCGUCAGAUCAGGAACGUCGUCUUUCAGCUCGAGCGUCUGUGCGAGAUCAUGCCCAAAGGCGUCAGCAAAUGUGCCAUCCUCAUCGACUACAAAGGCUCUAGCUCGUCCACUCAGCCACCGAUGUGGAUCACCAAGCGUGUCAUCAACAUCCUACAACAGCACUAUCCAGAAAGACUGGGUGCCGCCGUCAUUCUCAACUUGCCAUGGUACCUCUCGAGCAGUAUCAAGAUGAUCACGCCCAUCUUAGACAAGGAGACGACCGACAAGCUGUCGUUCAAUCCCAGCAAAGAGAAGCUGCGUCUGCUCGUACCGCGCGAUCAGCUCGACGCGACCUUUGGUGGCAAUUUGCACUACACUUAUGAUCCCAAAGUCUACUUUCCUGCCCUCUGCCAAUUCUGCGGGGUAGAAGAGGAUGGCAGCAGGAGCAAGCCGCCUGCAUUCCUGCGAAAGCAAGCAGAAUCAGAGGAGGAUGCAGAGACGGCACAAGUUGUUCAAGCUACGCAGCCUGACAGCCGUGCAAGCGUGGGCAUGCCGGAUCGACAAGCUACCGACUCUACCGCGGUGUCACAUUCUCCGCGUGCAGGAAAGUCGAAAGACUCGGGCGAGGGCAAGCACAGGCAUCACUGGCAAGCAGUCUUGCUGUCCAUCAUACUCUGCGGUACCUCCCCGGGUCACACGGGCCAGGAUGCUGGGGCUAUGACUCCAUCGAAAAGGUCCCUGGAUGAGCACAAAGGAGCAAGUGUGCCCGGUUCGCCGAGAGUAUCUGCCGAUGAGAAGACGCCUGCCGAAGUGAAGAAGCUGCGAGCACGAGCGAAAGAGCGUAGGGUGGUAUUGACACCCUUUGAUAAGCUUCAGCGUCUAUUGAGACAUCACUCCAUCAAUGAGACGAGCCCGGAUCAGCGAUUGACGGCCGAAGAAGCCAAAGCGCUCGACGAUGAUGUGCGCGACCAGGCGCCUAUCAAGCAGCUCAACCCAGAGACGCUGGAAGCGCUUCCGAAGAACACACCUUCUUUUGAGAGCCUGGAGGAACAACAGCCGCUCGGUGAUGCUGAACAACAACCCGCAUCUUGGUCCACUGUCGUAGGCGAAGCCGCGACGCAAGCAUACGAGCAACUGAUGGGACAGGUCGCCAUCGUCGAUUUUGGUACGCAAAAAUCGACAGACGACUCGCUCGCUGUACCGGCAGACCAGCUCAGGCGCGGUACGAAGUACCACAUGGAAACACCCGCCGAGGAACCACUCGGCUUCACACUAGGCAACCCACCCUCCUCUGUCUCUGCGCAUUAGAUCUUGCCAUCCUUCGUGACAUUCAGAUCGAGCGACUCACUUCCUUGCGCGUGCUCGCCCAUGCGCUCCCCAGCGCCUGGUGAUGUAGACUUUUUCCUUUGUUGUGCUGAACUAUCGAAACAUUAUUGUUGCAUCAGUC